AUGCCGACGUAUCCCAUCCGCCGCCGCCCGCGCGAGUGCAAGACCUGUCUAUCCUGUCGCGCUAGCAAAGUCCGCUGCGACCGCAACGUGCCCUGUAGCAAUUGUGUCAAACGCAACUUCCCCUGUUCCUACGGUCGCCCGUCCGCUGCUGCUAAACUCCCCGUACCUGUCUCCGCCAGCACUGCUUCCUCCGCGUUGCUGCAGCCCUCCUUAUCCUCGCUCGAUAUUUCGCCGUCCUACGAUGCGUCUGCGCCGCCACCUCCUCCCCCUCUGCGCGAUGGUUCCUACAUCCGCGACCAGUCUUUCCCCGCCAGCGACGACCCUGACCUCCCGGAGAUAAUCGACAUCUCGCAGGAAGAAUGGGACGAGAUCAAUACUAAGAUGGUUGCUAUGGAGCAGAUACUGGGCAGCUUGCACUCCAUGUUCAAUUCACAUUCGUCUCGGAAACGCCCCGAGGCAACGACGACAGCGUCGGAACGAAAGAGUUCCACCCGAUCGGAGGGCGUGUACGGGUCCAACGUGUUGAGGACCGGCGCUGUCCAUCUCGGGUCCCGGUCGGCCCUCGUCGAUAUUCUGGAUAAAUCCAAGGGUUCUGAGGAUACGGCGCAGGCGCUGCCUCAGGAGGAUCUGCUGGCGGAACUCGCGCUGGGCAACGAGUCGGCCGCUUACCCGUUUGUCGACCUGUGGUCCUCCGAUCCUUUCACGUUCCAUAUUGCUGGGGUGUGUGCGGUGCUCCCGGACGACGAGCAGUGUAAACGAUUUCUGAGCUUCUAUAAAGAUAUCGGUGCGGUAUUGUAUCCAGUCCUCCCCGACCUCGAUGAGGUAGAUCGGAAAACGAAUCGGUUACUCGAGGGGAGACGGCGGGCGGGAGGUGUCUAUAAACCAGAUGCGAAUGGGUUAGUCAAGCCGUUUGGUAUGGACUUGCCCUUUCUCAGUUUGCUUUUUGCGGUGCUGGCCUCGGGCUGUCAAUUGUCCGAUCUGCCGAGUGCCGAUCGUGAAUUGACUUCAUGGAUAUACGUAUCUUGUGCGUAUCAAUGUCUGCGGAUGUUGAACUAUGUUUCGCAACCGACGGUAGAGGUCAUUCAAAUCCUACUUAUAAUCAGCAAUGUCCUUUCAUAUAAUAUGAAUGCGGGUGCCUCUUAUACAUUACUUGGCAUGACGGAGCGCAUGUGUCUCGUUCUCGGGCUUCAUGUUGAAUCGACUGGAUUCAAACUUCAGGAGCAGGCCAACCGAAGGCGCGUAUGGUGGACCAUGGCCUUCCAAAAUAGCCAUUUCUCACUUGCCUAUGACAGACCAUCCAUCACCAUGGUCAGCCAACCUGAAAUCCCUUUUGAUCGUAAAUCCAUGCCGGGGCAUCGGACAUACUUUGAGACCCUGUGUCGAGUGGUCUCGCUGGCACUGGAAGUGCUGCGAUCCCGCAUGUACCCUGAAAGCCAGGAGCCUCGGUACCACGAGAUUCGCGAGUACAAGCAGCGGAUCCAGCGCAUGAUGGCAGAGGCUACGCCGCACCUGCGAUAUCGUGAGCAAUGCCGGUCGCUCGCGGAGCAUAUAGAGCGCACGGAGCUGCGUUUGCAUUCCUCGUAUCUUCUCUCGGUGAUAUGCCGAGUGUCCUUAGACCGACAUGCACACCUUGACGAGCAGCGCCGAGCUCUGAUUCGCGAAGACUGCAUCACCAGUCUGAUUAACACCAUUGACUCCUUUGUCGAGCUGCACGAGAUCAAUUCACAUUGUUCCCGAUCAUGGAUCAGUCUGCAGCGAUCCGUCGCAUCCGCUUUCUUGCUGGUCGCUAAUGACGACAGUCCCCAGACCUGGGAACUAAUUGACCGGUUGGAAAAGGUCCUGGCUGAUCACGUCUAUGCAGACGGAGAUGCCGAACACAAUAAUCGCACCGACUCAGCCAAGCACCUGUCCUCGUCGCUUCGCGCCCUUCGUGAGAUUCGCGAGACUUUCCGCACGCGCAAACCAGCGCCUUCUGUGCCUGUUUCUGGAUCGACAACGUACUCGCCGAUGAUCUUGCCGUCGGCGCCCCCGAUAGACAGUAGCCCGAGCCUGCCGCCUAACAUGGUCACUGCUGGUGGCCCAGGGUUACCCAUGGAGGAUUCGAAUAUGCGCAAUAUAUUGGGCCGGGUGUCGGACGUCAUGCUGUUCCCCAGUAUGAGCGGGACGAGCCCGGGUGUAUGA